AUGACUGAGGAAGCUCUGCGGCUCGGUAUCCUCAAAGACUCGGGUGCGCCCCAAGGAAGUACAGACUACACCACAAUUGUUCUCUUGCAUGGCUAUGGAUGGCAUGGCGGUACAUUCGCGAGGUUGAUUCCUAUCGCUGGCCGAUACAACGCUCGCGUUGUGCUAGUGAACAGACAAGACUAUCCGGGAGCCAAGCCGUUCACACUAGAAGAGCGAGCCGAGCUCCUGAAAGCGGCUAUCGAGCUGAAUACAAAUCCUCUUUCCGCGAGGGACAGGCUCGAUGCGCUCAUGAAGGGGCAAGCACGCGAGGUCUAUAAUCUCCUGAUACACCUCGUGGCCUAUCAUGACAUUCCUCCAGCACGCCCCGAGGCAAACACGGGCGGUAUCAUCAUCGGAGGAUGGUCAUUUGGGGCGACCUGGAUGGCGGCGCUCCUGGCAAAUGUUGCGUCGUUCCCUGUGCAUGGUAUCGAACUAGGCCGAUAUGUGCGGAGAGUUAUCUUUUUUGACGCCCCCGACGUAGCUCUCGGCUUUCCGACUCUCUCGGAUCUCUACUUCCCUCUGACAGACCGGACGAUCCCAGCUGAACAACUCGCACAACUAUUCGCCGAAUGGGUCACCGCAUACUUUCACCAGGGAGACAUUCCCGAGCAAUAUGAAUCUCGACGCUAUCUCGCAUCCCCACCUCCUACGUUCACCGUGAUGACGGAGGAGGAACGACAGUCCACCCAGCACCAUACCCCGGGUGACUCCAGGGGGGGCUCAGAUCAUCUUCUCAUGGGCAGUGGGUACGAAAGCGGACUGUUCGCAUCGCUUCGCAAGAAUGCGUUGCGCCUCCCACCUCCGAACGCGUUCCUGGUAGGGGAUGCUUGGAAAGAUGUUGAAGUCCGCAACCUUUGGUGCGACCACUCGUUCUGGCUCGCACUGUGGAAUGAGGUCAACUUGCGUAGAGAAAUAGAAGAGGAGAGGAGGGCCGGGAUAUCCUUGCGGCCCGUGACGUUUGUACGGGUGCGAGGCGCUAACCACUUUGUUCAUUGGGACGAACCCGAGCGCGCAAUGUGUGCAAUCCUCGAGCUUGUCCCUGCUGACGGCAAUGAUACUAAGGCGAAGCUGUAG